GGGUUGAGAGGAGAGGUUUGGUUGUGGUGGCAUUCAUAGAAAUUUUGAACCCUUAUUAUAUACUAACCAGUAUAGUCAGCUUUAAGUCAUUCCCUUUUCAAAACAUGGGGAACAUAAAAUGCUCGUUUUUGAGCAUAUUAAAUUUGGAAAACAAGAAUAUCUUGCAUCACGUUUUAUUUAAGGCCAACGUAUGAAACGAUAAACAGUCUACAGAAUAUCUUAAUACUGUGUUAAACUUUGCCGAAUUAUUUAGAAUGAAUUUGUAGCAUAAGUUCGGUAAAUGGGUUUAUUUUAUUUCUGGAUUCAACGAGGAUACAAACACCGACAAUGAAAUGUUCGAUUUCAAGCGUUGGUCAAUCUGUUGCACGGAUGUGUUUUAAUGAAUCAGCCUUGUGACAUAAGAAACAGAACAAUAACAAAACAUGGCUGGGAAGAGUAGAAGUUUUCGAAUAGAAACGGAAAUAGAAAAAAGCAGGGAAGAAUCUAAUUGGAAGAAAGUUAUAGAUUUAGCAGAGCAGUUGAAAUUAAGGUCACCAAAUUCAGAAUAUUUAGCAAAUUUCUUAAUUGGUGAGGGGAAACUGGAAUCGUUUUUGGAAGAAUUGCCACCGACUGAUGCAAAUAUAAGUAAAGCUCGUACAGGUUUGACAGAUGCCAAACGAUAUUUGUUGAGCACUGCAAGUGAACAAGGAAAAAAGGCUGGAGUUAUGUUGGAUUCUAAUCUGUUGCUUGGAAAGCUCCACUAUGCAAUGGGAAUGUAUGAAGAUUCUCUUAAUUACUAUAGUCAAGCAGAACUUCAAACUCUUACAGAGAAACAACUGCCUAGUAGGAGUUUACGGAUAGUUGCAGAAUCAUAUGCAAUUAAAGGUAUGUGUUUGGAGAAAGUGCCUCCAUCGUCAUCUUCCAAAUACAAGCAAGCUGAGUGGGAUGAGCAGAGAGUGAAAUGUUUUGAACUGGCUGGGGAUCUCACAUUGCUUUACCUUCAGGAGCAAGACAAGCUGCAGCAGCAGCAACAGCAAAUCACAAACACAAACGCAGGUUCAUAUUCACCACAACCACCAAAUCCUGAACGUCAAAUUGGCCCUGUUUUGGAAACAGCUUUGCAGCGAGCACCUAUUCUUCACAUUCAGGCAGGAAAAUUACAGUCAGCUGUUACUCGUUACAGGACUAUGUUAAGUGCAGUUGAAUCCAGUGCAACACACAGUUUGCGUCUGACACUUACAAGACAGCUAGCCGAAGUGUUAUUGAGGGGUGUCAGUGGAACUGUAUAUACAAGUCCAGAAAAAGUGAAUGAGACAACAGCCUCAAACAAAAAAUUAACACAGAUCACUCAGAAUUCUGUGGCUGACAGCCCUUGGAAACCCCGUAAAUACACCGGCUUAAAUCUCUUCAUACCUCGUAAUGAAAAUGAAGAAAUCAUCUUAUUAUUACUUAUCAGUGAAGCCAUGGCUGUUCGUGAUGCUGUACUGAGCCAGUCUCCAGAAUUUAAAGAAGCAAGAAUUCAUGCCUAUGAUAAUGCCACUGCUAUCUAUGAUCUCCUAACAAUUGCUUUGGUUCGAUGGGGCCAUGCAGACCUCUUACAUGAGUCAUUUGAGCGGGCUAUGAAGUUUUCAUUUGAAGAACCUCAUGUCUGGAUGCAGCAUGCCCUGUGUUUGGUAACUAUGGGGCAGUAUGCUCAUGCUCUCUCAGUAUUCAAGGAGGUCUCCAAGCUUUUACCAACCAAAGUGAUACCUUGUCUUCUGGCAGCACGAAUAUGCUACGAACAUCUUAACCAGAUUGGAGAGGGACUUGAUUGGAGCACCCAGGCAUUGAGUCGUGAGAUGUCAAAUCCACAGGGUCUGUUGUCCAGGUGCCAUCUUUUUCUUGGAAUUGGCUACAAUUUACAGGCAGCUGCAAACCAUCUUAAACAGGAAAAGCAGCAUUUAGUUAUCAGUGCAUUUGAUGCAUUCCACAAGGCCCAGCAGUCAGAUCCCAAUGAUCAUUUGGCAGAAUAUUACCUGGCUCUGCAGUUUGCAUAUGGGUGUCAAGUCGGAGAAGCCAUGAGUCAUGUGAAGAUGGCACUGAACCUUCGAGCUGAACACGUGCCAUCGCUGUAUCUGCUCAUCCUUCUCCUCUCUGCCCAGAAACAACAUGCUGAGGCCCUGCAGCUAGUUGAAGCUGCAUUAGAAGAAUAUCCUGACAAUCUCAAUUUGUUUUAUGUAAAAGCACAUCUUGAGUUACAAAGUCAAGGAGGAGAGCUAGCAUUGUUUACUGCUAAGCAUAUGUUGUCACUUUGGAAGACUUUGUAUGAGGAUCAGACAAACAUUGAACUUCCGGAUCAGUCAGAAAAACGAAGUGAUACCAGAAGCGUGUUUCAGCUGUACACCUCUGAAAUGUCAGAUAAAGAUUCUAGUUCCCUGCAUGCCCAUUCCUUGGCAGCAUCGCGUGUGGAGCAAGCGUUAUCGGAAGUAGCUUCAUCCCUCAGUUCCUUCACUCCUCGCCCUGGUCCACAGCAUGCGUGGUUACUGCAGCUUCAGAUCUGGCUGCUUUUGGCAGAGAUUUACCUUUCACUGGAGCAAGUUGCUGAAACCACAGCUUGUAUUCAAGAAGCUACAUCUAUUUUUCCAUUGUCACACCACAUAAUGUAUAUGAGGGGGUUGGUUCAUGAAUAUAAACAAGAAUUUAUAGAAGCAAAACUGUGCUUUCAGAAUGCUGUUGCUAUAAACCCAACGCAUAUAAAGAGCCUUCAGCAUCUGGGCUUAAUUUAUCAUUACCUGGGAAGUCAGAGGUUAGCAGAAAAAACUCUGAGAGAUGCAGCCAGAAUCGAUCCUACAUCUCAUCAAACAUGGUACAACUUAGGGAAGGUUUUGGAGUCAUUAGGUGAAUUUGACACUGCAAGUGACUGCAUGGCGACUGCUCUGGAGGUGGAAACAUCCAAUCCUAUUCUUCCAUUCUCAUCUAUACCCCUGACCUUUGACUGAGUAGGUACUUUUACUGUAAUUGGUUUCACUAAAGCUUUUAAAUUUUUAAAGUGGUUGUAAUGUAGAUUCAGAAUUGUAAUGUUCUGCAGACAUUUGAUUGUUUGGAAUGUAGUAGAUGCUUGUUUGCCAGACGGUGCGAUUACUGUCGUUUACUUCGUCUACAUAGAAACGAGAUUUAGACAUUUGCUUUGAGCAGAAAGAACAAAUAUAUUGGUUUUACUUUGAACUUUCCAAGCAAAACUGUGAUAUUGGACACAAGAAAGACUGAAAGCAAAUAGAAAUUUCCUCCAGACAUCAUCCUCUCAAAUAUAUUCUUUUGGAGCUUGCUGUCUCCAUUAUCAGGGCAAUGCUGAUAAUGGAGGCAGUAAGAUCCUCUGAGAUAUUAUUAUUCACUAUACUACACAGUGCAACAUCCCUGAAGGCAGCUAUCACCAUACUCUGUGCUGUGAAAACCUGAAAUUUCAGCUGCCCUGCAAUUCCAUUUCUAAUUGACAUAAGCGCGCCUACCACACCACGUAAAGACGUGCUUUUAAUUUGCAGUGAAGAAAGUAAAUGGUAAUGAAGUGAGGACUGAGAAUUCUUAAAAAUGAUUACUCACAUAUGUUAUUUAACCACUAUACCAUUUGUGUUUCACUGUGAUUUCUCUUUUUACGAAAUGGCGUGCGUAUAUUUUGAUUUGGCGUUUACAGACCUUGUAAAUUUAACCCUUUCCACUCCGAAACUAGUUGAAGCAGGUAAAAUUAUUUCUAUAAGGGAAAUUCCAAUAGCACAAAGCUCAUUGUUGGCAUCAUCAAAUUGUAACUCGACACAGAAAGCACUAAUGUUGACUUUGAAACGGCACUUUGCAUUUAAAAUAUCAGCGUAGAAAUACUUAAAUUACUAUAAAUCAUUUGGUUUGUUUUGAUUUUAACCUGAUGUUCUGAAAAAAUAAUUAAAAGCUGUAUAAGUCUUUGUACAUAAACAUCAGACAUGGGUAAUGACAUUUCAGGCAUGAAAUAAAAUUAUGGUUUGCUGAUGGAAACCAUUCAGUAUCAUAUCUGCUUCCAUAAACGUUGGUACUUGAAUACUGUAAAUUAAUGGAAUUGUAAUCAUUAUCAUUCCACCAGUAUUGUAAUCUGUGUAAACCUGAAUUUCUUUUAAUUUUGCCUUCCUUUCCCAACCAUUUUUGCCUAAUGCACCCACAACCAUGAAAUAAAUUUUACAGUGUCUCGUGUGUGUUUAUGAUGUGAUAUUUAGAAACAUUCUUUUGCCUUCAGUGUACAUAAUGUAUGUAAUUCUAUAAUCUGUACAUAAAAUGUCAUGUAUCAUAUAGGCAUGUAGCUAGCUGUAUAUAAAAGUAAAUUUUCUUAAUGUUGAUUGACUCAAA